AUGACCGAGAUGUUGACGUCUAAGCAGUUUUCCAAGGACGAUACUAAGCUGCCGAUUGAUACAACAGCUGCAUCUGAUGAAGAAGAAGAAGAAGAUGAAGAAGAAGAAGAAGCUGGCAAUGAACAGAGCAAUGAAAUAGAAGAAGAAGAAGAAGAAGAGGAAGAAGAAGAAGAAGAAGAAGAAGAAAAAGAGGAGGAGGAGAGAACUGACGAAAGUCAUGACGUUGUGGGCUUUGGAGACGCUAUGAACAAAAUUCUGACACAAAAUGUAGCAGAAGAUGUGCAGCCAAUUCUAGCCAAACGUACGACAGCACGUAUGCGUGAGAUUCAAAGCGACAAGAAAGAGACCAAGACAGCACGACUUAGCGCUGCUGAAAAGCGGGAGCGGGAGCAAAAAGACAUGGUACUGCCGGACUAUUCUACGGCUGGACAGGACCGUAAAUUACGAAUGAUUGCAACAAAAGGAGUGGUGGCUCUGUUUAAUGCCAUUGAAAAGCAUCAGCAUCAUCAGAAUGGUAGAAAGGAUGAUAAGAAUGACAAGAAGGUGAAGGAGAUGUCCAAGGAUAACUUUUUAGGUCUAUUAAAAGCAUCGCAGCAAAAGACAGUGACGGACAAGCUUGUGAAGACUACCAAGAGUUCAUGGUCUGUCGUACAAGACGACUUUAUGAUGGAAGCCAAGCUGAAGGACUGGGACAAUCAACACGGCACGGAAGUAGGUCGAGUGCGACAAAAAGGUGACGCAGACGUUGAAGCAGUGGAAGAUGUGGCAUGGAAACAGGCUGGAGACGCUCUAGAUAGUGACAAUGAAGUUUCGAGAGACGCCAAAAAGACAAGCAACAAACGACAAAGAGUGUCUACAAUCAAGAAGAAGAAGGACCAGAAGAAAGGCAAGCGCUCGUAA